CUUCCUCAACUCUUCCUCCCGCCAUUUUCCUGCCUCCAGCGGUAGCUUGGUGGUAGCUCACACAACAUCUACUCCUAUGCCCGAGUCCCCGCGGCCGCAGACGCAUAGUACAGUGGUGCGCGGCGAUCACUGGCCAUGGGACGCCAAUGACGAGCACCUCGACGUCGACGUCGUGGAUAACGAUCAUGAUGUCGAAACAACUCGACGCAAUCCCUUGCCGCCAGAACUUUCUAGCCGCAUUCCACUCGAGGUCGUUGAGUGCAUCAUCGACUAUAUGGGCCAUCCGACGUUAUUCGCUGCCGCACUGGUCUGCCGAGCAUGGCAUCACCGAGCCUUGCGAAACCUUUAUUCCAGCGUCGAAAUCGCGACGCGCGGAAACUAUGAGUCGUUGCUGGAGCAGUUCCGCACAUCGCCUCGUGUCAAGCAAAGGCUCGCGCGAGCACACAAACUGGUCAUCGGCUCCUACCGGUCAAAGGAGGAAGACAGCCAUUUUCUGGCUACCCUGCCCCUCACCCUCGCUCACGCACUUCCCGCUCUGCGGAUACUCAGUAUCAAUGGGUUGUUGCAUCCCGCCAUGCACCUGACAUUCUAUCGUGCCCUCCACCACCUCAAGCACAUCGUUUCGCUGAGUUUGUCUCUUGUCACGCUGAGCAACACUAUCGAGCUACAACGGGUUGUCUGUGCAUUCCCUCACUUAGAGAAUCUUGCGUUGGAGGAUGUGACCUUCCGGCGACCCCACUCAGCCGGCGACCAAGCGCGGUCUUCAGCACUCGCUCUUUCCAGGAGGAAUGCUGACAUCAAGCUCAAAUCGCUCAGCUUCACAAUUAUGAGCUAUGAAGUUCAAGAAGACCCGAUGGAUCUUGAAACUAUUAUCGAUUGGCUUCUACGCUCGGCCGUUUGCGCCUCGCUCCAGGAACUGACUCUGGACCUUAUGCACUUUUCGCCUGAUAUGAUUGAUGAUCGUGAACGUGACGAGAAUAUCAAUCGACUCUUGGAAGAGAGUGGGUCGGCUCUGGUGUCUUUUCACGUUCACGAGCAACAUUGCUAUAAACAUGUCUAUCAUCACACCGCGACCGGUCUCAACUUCGUUCACAACACUAGCUUGCGGCAUUUGACAUUGUCACUGUUCGUCAUUGCCGACAAACUAGAAGAGGGCUGGCCGGCAACGGCCGCUGAGCUACAGGCCACCUUCGCUAUGCUCCGAAGCGACCAGCUCGAGUGCAUCAUCCUCGAGUUCAGUAUCUUUGUUUCGGCAUGGGGAGAGCCUGACAUUCUCAGGCUGGAGGAGCUCACCACAUCGGAAGAGAAGCUCGUCUCGUCCCAAUCGAGUGCCCUGCAUACCAUCAUGGUCCAGUCAUGCUUCGAUGCUCUGGAGGAGGUCGACAUCAGAAUAAACGUUGUGGUCGAUGUCUCGAUACAGAGCAAGGAGUGGGCGGACGGCAUCGCCAAAUCGGUCGUUCUUGUCUUCCCGCAAUUGUUCGCGCCAUGGCACGACCGUGGGGUAAUCAGAAUCUCCCACGUUCUCAGCAUGCCCCCUUCAGACCUUUGGCCAUGGCAGGACGCCGCCAUACCAGAUCUACCAGACACAAGCACACUGUGAACGCCGUGUGUCUCCCGCCCCUACAUCCACUCAAAAUCACUGACAUCGCGACGUUGACAAGUGGACACAUGCUAUUUUCUACAAAUCCUUCGACACUCAUCUUCAGGACUCGGAGGAGGAUCCUACUGCGCCGUAGAGCUUGGGCUCACAUUGCAGACGCAGACGCAGUACUGCAGCUGGCACUAGUGCUGGGGUCCGGCUACCCGGGGUCGACCCGUCUCUGGAUCUCCACC